AUGGCUCAGAACAGACACCUCUCCCUUCAGGGACUCUGUUUCCUCCUCCUCAGCACUGUGUUGAGGGGUCAAGCUCUGGAGCUAGGGCUGAAGGAUGGAGGCCACCGCUGUGAGGGGAGAGUGGAAGUGAAGCACCAAGGAGAAUGGGGCACAGUGUUUGACUUCAACUGGAUCUUGGAGGAUGUAGCUGUGGUGUGCAGACAGCUGCAGUGUGGAGCUGCUGUUGAUGCUCCCCGAAGGGCUUAUUUUGGACCAGGGGAUGGCCCCAUUUGGCUUUGGUAUGCUUCAUGUGAAGGGACAGAGUCAGCUGUUAGUGACUGUAGGCAUUCUGCUAUUACAGACUAUCGUGAGUAUAGUCUUUCCCACGACUGGGAUGCUGGAGCAGUCUGCUCAGGGUUUGUGCAUCUAGCUGAGGGGGAUGGACCCUGCUCAGGGCGAGUAGAAGCGCAUUCUGGAAAAGACUGGACCCCACUGGUUGAUGGGAACUUUACACACCCCACUGCCCAGGUCAUCUUUGCAGAGCUGGGAUGCGGCAAGGCUGUGUCUGUCCUGGGACUUGUGCCCUUCAGAGAGUCAGAUGGCCAGGUCUGGGCUGAAGAGUUCAGGUGUGAAGGGGAGGAGCCUGAGCUCUGGUCCUGCCCCAGAGUGCCCUAUCCAGGAGGCACUUGUCAUCACAGUGGAGCUGUUCACCUUGUCUGUUCAGUGUAUGCAGAUGCCCGGCUCAUGAGAAAUGGCACCUCUCAGUGUGAGGGGCAAGUGGAGGUGAAUAUUUCUGGACGAUGGAGAGCGCUCUGUGCCUCCCACUGGAGUUUGGCCAAUGCCAAUGUUGUCUGUCGUCAGCUCGGCUGUGGAGUCGCCAUCUCUACUCCUAGAGCACCACACUUUGUGGAAGGAAGUGAUCAGAUCUCAACAGCCCGAUUUCACUGCUCAGGGACUGAGUCCUUCUUGUGGAGUUGCCCUGUGACUGCCCUGGGUGUUCCUGACUGUACCCAUGGAAACACAGCCUCUGUGAUCUGCUCAGAAAACCAGACUCAGGUGAAGAGCCAGUGUAAUGACACCGAGCCUGAACCAGCAGAUUCUGCAGCCUCAGUGGAGAGCCCCACCAACUGCUCAGGCAGCAGACAGCUCCCCCUGGUGGACGGGGGCGGUCACUGCGCCGGGAGAGUGGAGAUCCUUCACCAGGGCUCCUGGGGCACCAUCUGUGAUGAUGACUGGGACCUGGACGAUGCCCACGUGGUGUGCAGGCAGCUGGGCUGUGGAGAAGCCCUCAAUGCCACGGGGUCUGCUCACUUCCAGGCGGAAUCAAGGCCCACCUGGCUGGACGACCUGAAUUGCACAGGAGAGGAGUCCCACGUGUGGAGGUGCCCUUCCCGGGGCUGGGGGCGGCACAACUGCAGACACAAGCAGGACACGGGGGUCACCUGCUCAGAGUUCCUGGCCCUCAGGAUGGUGAGCGAGGACCAGGAGUGUGCUGGGUGGCUGGAAGUUUUCUACAACGGGACCUGGGGCAAUGUCUGCCACAGCCCCGUGGAAGACAUCACUGUGUCCAUCAUCUGCAGACAGCUUGGCUGUGGGGACAGUGGAACCCUCAACUCUUCUGUUGCUCUUAGGGAAGGUUCUAGACCCCGGUGGGUAGAUGGAAUCCAGUGUCGGAAAACUGAUACCUCUCUCUGGCAGUGUCCUUCUGACCCUUGGAAAUACAGUUCAUGCUCUUCAAAGGAGGAAGCCUAUAUCUCCUGUGCAGACAGCAGACAGGUCCACCUGGUGGACGGGGGCAGUCGCUGUGCCGGGAGAGUGGAGAUCCUUCACCAGGGCUCCUGGGGCACCAUCUGUGAUGAUGGCUGGGACCUGGACGAUGCCCACGUGGUGUGCAGGCAGCUGGGCUGUGGAGAAGCCCUCAAUGCCAUGAUGUCUGCUCACUUCGGGAAGGGAUCAGGGCCCAUCUGGCUGGAUGACCGGAACUGCACAGGAAAGGAGUCCCACGUGUGGAGGUGCCCUUCCCGGGGCUGGGGGCAGCACAGCUGCGGGCAUGACGAGGAUGCAGGAGUCAUCUGCUCAGGGUUUGUGCAUCUGGUUGGAGGGGGUGGACCCUGCUCAGGGCAGGUAGAAGUGCAUUCUGGAGAAGACUGGAUUCCAGUGUCUGAUGGGAAUUUUACACUCCCCACUGCCUAGGUCAUCUGUGCAGAACUGGGAUGCGGCAAGCCUGUGUCUGUCCUGGGACACAUGCCUUUCAGAGCAGCAGAGGGCCGGGUCUGGGCUGAAGAGUUCAGGUGUGAAGGGGAGGAGCCUGAGCUCUGGUCCUGCCCCAGAGUGCCCUGUCCAGGGGGCACUUGUCAUCACAGUGGAGCUGUUCACCUUGUCUGUUCAGUGUAUGCAGAUGUCCGGCUCAUGAGAAAUGGCACCUCUCAGUGUGAGGGGCAAGUGGAGGUGAAUAUUUCUGGACGAUGGAAAGCGCUCUGUGCCUCUCACUGGAGUCUGGCCAAUGCCAAUGUUGUCUGUCAUCAGCUCGGCUGUGAAGUCGCCAUCUCUACUCCUAGAGGACCACACUUUGUGGAAGGAAGUGAUCAGAUCUCAACAGCCCGGUUUCACUGCUCAGGGGCUGAGUCCUUCUUGUGGAGUUGCCCUGUGACUGCCCUGGGUGGUCCUGACUGUACCCAUGGAAACACAGCCUCUGUGAUCUGCUCAGGAAACCAGACCCAGGUGCUGCCCCAAUGCAACCACUCCCUGUCUGAACCAGCAGGCUCUGCAGCCUCAGAGGAGAGCCCCGCCAACUGCUCAGACAGCAGACAGCUCCGCCUGGUGGACGGGGGUGGUCACUGCGCCGGGAGAGUGGAGAUCUUUCACCAGGGCUCCUGGGGCAACAUCUGUGAUGAUGGCUGGGACCUGGACGAUGCCCACGUGGUGUGCAGGCAGCUGGACUGUGGAGAAGCCCUCAAUGCCACGGGGUCUGCUCACUUCGGGGCGGGAUGAGGGCCCAUCCGGCUGGAUGAACUAAACUGCACAGGAGAGGAGUCCCACGUGUGGAGGUGCCCUUCCCGGGGCUGGGGGCGGCACGACUGCAGACACAAGGAGGAUGCGGGGGUCAUCUGCUCAGAGUUCCUGGCCUUCAGGAUGGUGAGCGAGGACCAGGAGUGUGCUGGGUGGCUGGAAGUUUUCUACAACGGGACCUGGGGCAGUGUCUGCCGCAGCCCCAUGGAAGACAUCACCUUGUCUGUCAUCUGCAGACAGCUUGGCUGUGGGGACAGUGGAAUCCUCAACUCUUCUGUUGCCUUUAGGGAAGGUUCUAGACCCCGGUGGGUAGAUUUAAUCCAGUGCCAGAAAACUGAUGCCUCUCUCUGGCAAUGUCCUUCUGAUCCUUGGAAAUACAGUUCAUGCUCUUCAAAGGAGGAAGCCUGUAUCUCAUGUUCAGACAAUGACAAGAUCCGACUCAGGGGAGGAGACAGCGUGUGCUCAGGGCGGGUGGAGGUCUGCCACAGCGGCUCCUGGGGCACAGUGUGUGAUGACUCCUGGAGCCUGGCAGAGGCCGAGGUGGUGUGUCAGCAGCUGGGCUGUGGCCAUGCCCUGGAAGCCGUGCAGGACGCGGCAUUUGGCCCUGGAAAUGGGAGCAUCUGGCUGGACGAGGUGCAGUGCGGGGGCCAGGAGUCCUCCCUGUGGGACUGUGCUGCGGAGCCCUGGGGGCAGAGCGACUGCAAGCACGAGGAGGAUGCUGGCGUGAGGUGCUCUGGGUUUAUGCAUUUAGCAGGGGAUAGACCCUGCUCAGGGCGAGUAGAAGUACAUUCUGGAGAAGCCUGGACCCCAGUAUCUGACAGGAACUUUACACUCCCCACUGCCCAGGUCAUCUGUGCAGAGCUGGGAUGCGGCAAGGCUGUGUCUGUCCUGGGACACAUGCCCUUCAGAGAGUCAGAUGUCCCAGUCUGGGCUGAAGAGUUCAGGUGUGCAGGGGAGGAGCCAGAGCUCUGGUCCUGCCCCAGAGUGCCCUGUCCAGGGGGCACUUGUCACCACAGUGGAGCUGCUCACCUUGUCUGUUCAGUGUACACAGAAGUCCGGCUCAUGAAAAACGGCACCUCUCAGUGUGAGGGGCAAGUGGAGGUGAAUAUUUCUGGACGAUGGAGAGCGCUCUGUGCCUCCCACUGGAGUUUGGCCAAUGCCAAUGUUGUCUGUCGUCAGCUCGGCUGUGGAGUCGCUAUGUCCACCCCAAAAGGAGCACACUUUGUGGAAGGAAGUGAUCAGAUCUCAACAGCCCGAUUUCACUGCUCGGGGGCUGAGUCCUUCUUGUGGAGUUGCCCUGUGACUGCCCUGGGUGGUCCUGACUGUAUCCGUGGAAACACGGCCUCUGUGAUCUGCUCAGGAAACCAGACCCAGGUGCUGCCCCAGUGCAAUGACUCACUGUCUGAACCUGCAGGCUCUGCAGCCUCCGAGGAGAGCGCCCCCAACUGCUCAGACAGCAGACAGCUCCGCCUGGUGGACGGGGGCGGUCACUGCGCCGGGAGAGUGGAGAUCCUUCAGCAGGGCUCCUGGGGCACCAUCUGUGAUGAUGGCUGGGACCUGGACGAUGCCCACGUGGUGUGCAGGCAGCUGGGUUGUGGAGAAGCUGUCAAUGCCACGGUGUCUGCUCACUUCGGGGCGGGAUCAGGGCCCAUCUGGCUGGACGACCUGAAAUGUACAGGAAAGGAGUCCCACGUGUGGAGGUGCCCUUCCCUGGGCUGGGGGCAGCACGACUGCAGGCACAAGCAGGACGCGGGGGUCACCUGCUCAGAGUUCCUGGCCCUCAGGGUGGUGAGCGAGGACCAGGAGUGUGCUGGGUGGCUGGAAGUUUUCUACAACGGGACCUGGGGCAGUGUCUGCCACAACCCCAUGGAAGAAAUCACCUUGUCCAUCAUCUGCAGACAACUUGGCUGUGGGAACAGUGGAACCCUCAACUCUUCUGUUGCUCUUAGGGAAGGUUCUAGACCCCGGUGGGUAGAUGGAAUCCAGUGCCGGAAAACUGAUACCUCUCUCUGGCAGUGUCCUUCUCACCCUUGGAAUUACAGUUCAUGCUCUCCACAGGAUGAAGCCUAUAUCUCCUGUGCAGGGUCCUACAGGACCCGAGGACCCUUCUCAUUCCCUGUGUCAAUGCCCCAUUGUCCCAUUUCUCUCUCCUCAGACAGCGGACAGCUCCGCCUGGUGGACGGGGGCGGUCGCUGCGCCGGGAGAGUGGAGAUCCUUCACCAGGGCUCCUGGGGCACCAUCUGUGGUGACGGCUGGGACCUGGACGAUGCCCACGUGGUGUGCAGGCAGCUGGGCUGUGGAGAAGCCCUCAAUGCCACGGGGUCUGCUCACUUCGGGGCGGGAUCAGGGCCCAUCUGGCUGGAUGAAUUGAAUUGCGGAGGAAAGGAGUCCCACGUGUGGGGGUGCCCUUCCCGGGGCUGGGGACAGCACGACUGCCAGCAUGUCGAGGAUGCAGGAGUCAUCUGCUCAGGGUUUGUGCAUCUAGCUGAGGGGGAUGGACCCUGCUCAGGGCGAGUAGAAGUGCGUUCUGGAAAAGGCUGGACCCCGGUGCCUGAUGGGAACUUUACACUCCCCACUGCCCAGGUCAUCUGUGCAGAGCUGGGAUGUGGCAAGGCUGUGUCUGUCCUGGGACAUGUGCCCUUCAGAGAGUCAGGGGGCUGGGUGUGGGCUGAAGAGUUCAGGUGCAAUGGGGAGGAGCCUGAGCUCUGGUCCUGCCCCAGAGUGCCCUGUCCGGGGGGCACUUGUCACCACAGUGGAGCUGCUCACCUUGUCUGUUCAGUGUAUGCAGAAGUCCGGCUCAUGAAAAACGGCACCUCUCAGUGUGAGGGGCAAGUGGAGGUGAAUAUUUCUGGACAAUGGAGAGCGCUCUGUGCCUCCCACUGGAGUUUGGCCAAUGCCAAUGUUGUCUGUCAUCAGCUUGGCUGUGGAGUCGCUAUGUCCACCCCAAAAGGAGCACACUUUGUGGAAGGAAGUGAUAAGAUCUCAAAAGCCCGAUUUCACUGCUCGGGGGCUGAGUCCUCCUUGUGGAGUUGCCCUGUGACUGCCCUGGGUGUUCCUGACUGCAGCCAUGGAAACACAGCCUCUGUGAUCUGCUCAGGAAACCAGACCCAGGUGCUGCCCCUGUGCAAUGACUCAGUGCCUGAACCAGCAGGCUCUGCAGCCUCAGAAGAGAGUGGCGCCACCUACUGCUCAGACAGCAGACAGCUCCGCCUGGUGGACGGGGGUGGUCACUGCGCCGGGAGAGUGGAGAUCCUUUACCAGGGCUCCUGGGGCACCAUCUGUGAUGAUGGCUGGGACCUGGACGAUGCCCACGUGGUGUGCAGGCAGCUGGGCUGUGGAGAAGCUGUCAACGCCACGGUGUCUGCUCACUUCGGGGCGGGAUCAGGGCCCAUCUGGCUGGACGACCUGAACUGCACAGGAAAUGAAUCCCACCUGUGGGGGUGCCCUUCCCUGGGCUGGGGGCGGCACGACUGCAGACACAAGGAGGACUCGGGGGUCAUCUGCUCAGAGUUCCUGGCCCUCAGGAUGGUGAGCGAGGACCAGGAGUGUGCUGGGUGGCUGGAAGUUUUCUACAACGGGACCUGGGGCAGUGUCUGCCGCAGCCCCAUGGAAGACAUCACUGUGUCCAUCAUCUGCAGACAGCUUGGCUGUGGGGACAGUGGAACCCUCAACUUUUCUGUUGCUCUUAGGGAAGGUUCUAGACCCCAGUGGGUAGAUGGAAUCGAGUGCCGGAAAACUGAUACCUCUCUCUGGCAGUGUCCUUCUGACCCUUGGAAUAACAAUUCAUGCUCUCCAAAGGAUGAAGCCUAUAUCUCGUGUGCAGGAAGGAGACCCAAGAGCUGUCCAACUGCGGCCCCCUGCACAGACAAAGACAAGAUCCGACUCAGGGGAGGAGACACCUCAGAGGACAACUGCUCAGGGCGGGUGGAAGUCUGGCACAGCGGCUCCUGGGGCACAGUGUGUGAUGACUCCUGGAGCCUGGCAGAGGCCGAGGUGGUGUGUCAGCAGCUGGGCUGUGGCCAUGCCCUGGAAGCCGUGCGGGACGCGGCAUUUGGCCCUGGAAAUGGGAGCAUCUGGCUGGACGAGGUGCAGUGCGGGGGCCGGGAGUCCUCCCUGUGGGACUGUGCUGCGGAGCCCUGGGGGCAGAGCGACUGCAAGCACGAGGAGGAUGCUGGCGUGAGGUGCUCUGGAUCUGUGCGUCUGGUUGGAGGGGAUGGACCCUGCUCAGGGCAAGUAGAAGCGCGUUCUGAAGAAGACUGGAUUCCAGUGUCUGAUGGGAACUUCACACUCCCCACUGCCCAGGUCAUCUGUGCAGAGCUGGGAUGUGGCAAGGCUGUGUCUGUCCUGGGACACAUGCCCUUCAGAGAGUCAGAUGGCCAGGUCUGGGCUGAAGAGUUCAGGUGCAAUGGGGAGGAGCAUGAGCUCUCAUCCUGCCUCAGAGUGCCCUGUCCAGGGGGCACUUGUCACCACAGGGGAGCUGUUCAAGUUGUCUGUUCAGCAUACACAGAAGUCCGACUCAUGAGAAAUGGCACCUCUCAGUGUGAGGGGCAAGUGGAGGUGAAUAUUUCUGGACGAUGGAGAGUGCUCUGUGCCUCCCACUGGAGUUUGGCCAAUGCCAAUGUUGUCUGUCGUCAGCUCAGCUGUGGAGUAGCUAUUUCCACCCCAAAAAGAGCAGAAGGAGGUGAUCAGAUCUGGAAAGCCCGAUUUCACUGCUCAGGGACUGAGUCCUUCUUGUGGAAUUGCCCUGUGACUGCCCUGGGUGUUCCUGACUGCAGCCAUGGAAACACGGCCUCUGUGAUCUGCUCAGGAAACCAGACCCAGGUGCUGCCCCAGUGCAACGACUCCUUGUCUGAACCAGCAGGCUCUGCAGCCUCAGAGGAGAGCCCCGCCAACUGCUCAGACAGCAGACAGCUCCGCCUGGUGGACGGGGGCGGUCACUGCGCCGGGAGAGUGGAGAUCCUUCACCAGGGCUCCUGGGGCACCAUCUGUGAUGAUGGCUGGGACCUGGACGAUGCCCACGUGGUGUGCAGGCAGCUGGGCUGUGGAGAAGCCCUCAGUGCUAUGGUGUCUGCUCACUUUGGGGAGGGAUCAGGGCCCAUCUGGCUGGACGACCUGAACUGCACCGGAAAGGAGUCCCACGUGUGGAGGUGCCCUUCCUGGGGCUGGGGGCGGCACAACUGCAGACACAAGGAGGACGUAGGGGUCAUCUGCUCAGAGUUCCUGGCCCUCAGGAUGGUGAGCGAGGACCAGGAGUGUGCUGGGUGGCUGGAAGUUUUCUACAACGGGACCUGGGGCAGUGUCUGCCGCAGCCCCAUGGGAGACAUCACUGUGUCCAUCAUCUGCAGACAGCUUGGCUGUGGGGACAGUGGAACCCUCAACUCUUCUGUUGCACUUAGGGAAGGUUCUAGACCCCGGUGGGUAGAUGGAAUCCAGUGCCGGAAAACUGAUACCUCUCUCUGGCAGUGUCCUUCUGACCCUUGGAGUUACAAUUCAUGCUAUCCCAAGGAUGAAGCCUAUAUCUCAUGUGCAGGAAGGAGACCCAAGAGCUGUCCAACUGAGGCUCCCUGCACAGACAAAGACAAGAUCCGACUCAGGGGAGGAGACACCUCAGAGAACAACUGCUCAGGGCGGGUGGAAGUCUGGCACAGCGGCUCCUGGGGCACAGUGUGUGAUGACUCCUGGAGCCUGGCAGAGGCCGAGGUGGUGUGUCAGCAGCUGGGCUGUGGCCAUGCCCUGGAAGCCGUGCGGGACGCGUCAUUUGGCCCUGGAAAUGGGAGCAUCUGGCUGGACGAGGUGCAGUGCGUGGGCCGGGAGUCCUCCCUGUGGGACUGUGCUGCGGAGCCCUGGGGGCAGAGCGACUGCAAGCACGAGGAGGAUGCUGGCGUGAGGUGCUCUGGGUUCGUGCGUCUAGCUGAUGGGGAUGGACCCUGCUCAGGGCGAGUAGAAGUGCAUUCUGGAAAAGGCUGGACCCCGGUGCCUGAUGGGAACUUUACACUCCCCACUGCCCAGGUCAUCUGUGCAGAGCUGGGAUGCAGCAAGGCUGUGUCUGUCCUGGGACACAUGCCCUUCAGAGAGUCAGAUGGCCAGGUCUGGGCUGAAGAGUUCAGGUGUGAGGGGGAGGAGCCUGAGUUCUGGUCCUGCCCCAGAGUGCCCUGUCCAGGGGGCACCUGUCACCACAGUGGAGCUGUUCAUCUUGUCUGUUCAGCAUACUCAGAUGUCCGGCUCAUGAAAAAUGGCACCUCUCAGUGUGAGGGGCAAGUGGAGGUGAAUAUUUCUGGACGAUGGAGAGCGCUCUGUGCCUCCCACUGGAGUCUGGGCAAUGCCAACGUUGUCUGUCAUCAGCUUGGCUGUGGAGUUGCCAUCUCUACCCCUAGAGGAGCACACUUUGCGGAAGGAAGUGACCAGAUCUCAACAGCCCGAUUUCACUGCUCAGGGGCUGAGUCCUUCUUGUGGCAUUGCCCUGUGACUGCCCUGGGUGGUCCUGACUGCACCCAUGGAAACACGGCCUCUGUGAUCUGCUCAGGAAACCAGACCCAGGUGCUGCCCCAGUGCAACCACUCCCUGUCUGAACCAGCAGGCUCUGCAGCCUCAGAGGAGAGCGUCACCAACUGCUCAGACAGCAGACAGCUUCGCCUGGUGGACGGGAGCAGUCACUGCGCCGGGAGAGUGGAGAUCCUUCACCAGGGCUCCUGGGGCACCAUCUGUGAUGACAGCUGGGACCUGGACGAUGCCCACGUGGUGUGCAGGCAGCUGGGCUGUGGGGAAGCCGUCAAUGCCACGGGGUCUGCUCACUUCGGGGAGGGAUCAGGACCCAUCUGGCUGGACGACCUGAACUGCACAGGAAAGGAGUCCCACGUGUGGAGGUGCCCUUCCCGCAUCUGGGGGCAGCAUGACUGCAGACACAAAGAGGACGCAGGGGUCAUCUGCUCAGAGUUCCUGGCCCUCAGGAUGGUGAGUGAGGACCAGGAGUGUGCUGGGUGGCUGGAAGUUUUCUACAACAGGACCUGGGGCAGUGUCUGCCGCAGCCCCAUGGAAGACAUCACCUUGUCCAUCAUCUGCAGACAACUUGGCUGUGGGGACAGCGGAACCCGCAACUCUUCUGUUGCUCUUAGGGAAGGUUCUAGACCCCGGUGGGUAGAUGGAAUCCAGUGUCGGAAAACGGAUACCUCUCUCUGGCAGUGUCCUUCUGAUCCUUGGAAAUACAGUUCAUGCUCUUCAAAGGAGGAAGCCUAUGUCUUGUGUGCAGGAAGGAGACCUAAGAGCUGUCCAACUGCGGCCCCCUGCACAGACAAAGACAAGAUCCGACUCAGGGGAGGGGACAGCGUGUGCUCAGGGCGGGUGGAGGUCUGGCACAGCAGCUCCUGGGGCACAGUGUGUGAUGACUCCUGGAGCCUGGCAGAGGCCGAGGUGGUGUGUCAGCAGCUGGGCUGUGGCCAUGCCCUGGAAGCCGUGCGGGACGCGGCAUUUGGCCCUGGAAAUGGGAGCAUCUGGCUGGACGAGGUGCAGUGCGGGGGCCGGGAGUCCUCCCUGUGGGACUGUGCUGCGGAGCCCUGGGGGCAGAGCGACUGCAAGCACGAGGAGGAUGCUGGUGUGAGGUGCUCUGGUGGAAGAACAACUUUGCCCCCCACUAGAGCAGGCACCAGACCAGGCUCAAAUCCUGCUCCUGGCAUCUUCUCCCUGUCUGGGAUCCUCUGCCUCAUUCUGGGGGCCCUUCUCUUCCUGGUCCUCAUCAUCCUGGUGACUCAGCUGCUGAGAUGGAGAGAGGAGCACAUAGCCUUAUCCAGUGUAGAAGAUGCUCUUGCUGAGGCAGUGUACGAGGAGCUUGAUUACCUUGUGACAGUGAAGGAGGAUCUUCUGGGCAGCACAGGGUUCCUGUCAGAUGACCUGGUGACUAAACUGCCAUAUUACACCGGAGAUGGUGAGGACCACGGUGACUUUAGGUCUGCUGCAAGUAAACCCCCAGAUGAGAGGAAUGAUGCCCCUGGUGAGGAUUAUGAUGAUGCUGAAGAGGUACCAGUGCCUUGGGCUCCUCCUGAGUCUAUGAUGAGCCAGGGGGACCUGCCCUCAGAGGUGGAGGAUGGGAUGAGGGCCUUUGAGACAGGCUCUUCUCUGUGCUUCUCUAGAGAGGCAGCUGAUCCUGGGAAAGGAGAAGAGAGCCCCCGUCUGCUCCAGGGAGAGAGAGGGGACCCUGGGUAUGAUGACGUUGAACUAAGUGCCCCUGAAACAGCCACAGUGGCUUUCCCAUGA